AUGUCUCUAAAUAAUUUUCAACGUUAUCCAUCGGUUGUAUUCACAUCGGAUGAAGAGGCUGGUGAGAAGGAUGAUACUCUAAUGGACGCAGAAUUUUCUACAUCAAUGGCACAACAUGUUCAUUCAGAUGUAAUACAAACAAAUGAACAACAAUUAGUUCUACUACCACCACUACCAUCGACACCAAUGCGUUCAUUAGCUCGAAGGCAACGAACAACAACAACAACAGCAAGAGCACAAGAAAUUGAACUGAUCGAUUUGGUAACACCAAAAAAAUCGCCAACUCUUCAUUAUCAGUCAAAUUAUAUAUCACGUACAAUUCAUUUUUUUAAUCAACAACGUUUAUCAAUUUUACCUAAAUUUCCAACAACGGGUAAUACUACCAAUGUACAUUUAUUAUUAGCCAAUGUACCUAUGGCUCAAUUAUCAUCCGAAGAAUUGGCACGUCGUCAAACUGGUCAAUAUAAACCACUCUUUACAAUUUCAAAUUAUGAUCCAUCAGUAACAUCACUUAUGGUUAAUAAUUAUUAUACAUAUUUUGGUCCCAUACUUGAACGUUUCAAGGUUGAUGUAGCCAUUUUAGAUUAUAAUUAUGGACUUUUAAAAAAUUAUCUUAAAUUAUAUCGUAGUGCUCGUCUACGAAUUCUAUCAACUGACAAACUUUCAGAAGAUCCUUUAUAUUUAAGUGAUACAGAAUUUCCACAAUUAUUUGAAUUCUUUUUACAAAUCGAUGUUGAUCUUUUCUAUAUGAAAACAUGUUCAUUUCGUGAUGCACAACCAAGAUCAAUAACAGAAGGUAUAUUUUGUUCCAAUAUACCUGAUUGUCUUUAUACAAUGUCAAGAUGUGGUGAUUGUAAUUUAUGUCAACAAUCAAAUGAUAUCAAUUAUCGUCAACAAGCACCAGUCUUAUUUAAUCGUUAUGAAAGACAUCGAUUUGUCAAUGGAUAUGAGUCGAUAUUAAAUUGUCCGGCAACAUGUGAUACAAAAAAUUAUAUUUAUGUUCUAACAUGUGUAUGUGGUCAAUUUGAAUUUAUUAGUGAUACAAAAUUUGCAUUGAAUGUUCGAUUACGUGGUCAUCGUUUUAUUGGUAAUAAUCUUAUACAAGAACAAUCAACGUCAUUACACAAAGAAAAUAUGUUAUUAUAUCAACAUUCAAUGCAAUGUUCAGCAGCCGUACAAAUGUUUUUAUAUAGAAAUGAAGAUUGUUGGCGAUUUGUACCACUGCCAAUUGAUGAAGCUAAUCAAGAUAAUUCUCGCUAUCAUAAUAUGCGAGCAACAACAACUACAGAGACGAAUAUUCAUCCAAAUUGA